AUGUUCUCGUCGACAUGCCAGACGCUGCUCCUGGGCUUGCUGGUGCUGGCGCCAGCAGCCAAAGCCCAAACAUCCAACACCCAGACCAAGGAUGUCGGGAGCUGUUCUUGCGGUUACUACGAUGAAGAUGCAAAGCUUUUGUUCACCGAGUCUUCCAUCGUGUACUUCAACGAAUCCAGCGGCAUCCCAACGGAUUUUGUUGUCGAGGAAUUCGCCCACCGAUAUGACCGAGGCUGGAAUGCCGUAUACCGACAUGGUGCCUCCAUCGACAAUGUCGAAAUUGCAAACGAUACGACAGCGCGAAACCGCACCAGCUUGCAAAUGAAGUGUGAACCGUCUGACGAUGACCACUUGGUGGUAGGCUCAAGCAUGCGAACUGCGCGGCAGGACAUCUUCUUCGGCUCAUUCCGCAGCUCUCUCCGGCCUGCGCGAGCCGUGGAGAAAGGAUCUGUGAUAUCGAUGAGUUUGACACACAACAAGACCGAGAGCUGGGAAGUGGACGUUAUGAAUACAGACAACCACACCCAGGCCUGGACUGCCAUGUUGAUGCAGGGCCAGUUCCCCGAUCUUUGGUUCGGAACGAACUUCACCAACCUGACCAACGAAGGCCUUCAGCCUUGGUAUUAUACCGAAUACCGUGUCGACUGGACUAGGGACAGGCUGGAUUACUAUAUCGGCGAUGUUUUGCGUGUCAGCUUCAACACAUCUGUCAACUCGAGUAUCCCAGCCACGCCGGCUCCCCUGCACUUCCAGCAUUGGUCUGAGGGCAACAAGUAUGGGUCGAUGGGCCCCCCAGAAAAUACAAACCUAGCCAACAUCGGGUGGACUCGCCUCUUCUUCAAUUCGUCAACUAUGACUGAUGACGACCAUUCCGCCUUCGACGCGAGAUGUACCGUUCAAGACGCCUGUCUGAUGAGUGAUAACACCCUGCGAGGAGCCUCCGAGUUCGCCCCUGAAAGUCUGGAUACUUGGAAACAGCACCACCCUCCAUAUAAAAUUAAGUGGGCGCCACUUAUUAUCGAUAUUAUCUUUGCUGUCGUCUUUAUUGUCCUGACCAGCAAGACUCUUUACCGCCGAUUCACAUGGCACAAGCUUCUUGUGUUUUUAGGUUUCAGAGAACGGGAAGCAUCGAAGCCGAAAUCGUUCUCAGAACCUGAGUCCUCAGAAAAAAAGAACAAGGAGAAAUCGGCGUCGCUAGACGGUAGUGAGACUGCUCAUUCUCAAGAAAAUGGCUCUGGCGGGCAGCUUCCACGAAAUGCAUCCUAUAAUACCCUCAGUCUGCCGCCAUACAAGGGCACUCAGACUCCGGCACCUCAGUAUCAAACCCCCGCGGUCUCGCGGCGGCCAUCGCUUUCCAACAUGAGCCCAAACCCUCUCAACCCUGCCUUUGGCACGAACAACGGCGAGUCGUCGAGGAGGCCCUCUAUCCACGUUCCAGGUAGUUCAGAACCUACCUCACCGGCCCCAACUACGGGUGGAGCUGUUCCUGAAGUAAACGAACCAGCUGCUCCAACAGAGGCCCAGGCAAGUACUGUGGAAACAUCCAAGGCAGCAGAAGCCGCAAAAGACCCGAAAGCUAUCGCCGCCGCCGCUGCUAGUGCAAAACCACCUAGAAUCGACUACUUGGCGGGUUUUAUUUCUAUCAGUUGUCUCCUGGUCACUGCAAACCAUUUCGGCCAGACGUACUUCGAUGCUGUCAUUAGUCCCAGUGCUGAUGAGCACUACCACAGCGAAGAAGUCGCACGAAAGACAUUUGCUACAUACUUUUUGGAUCCACUUUGGAUUGGGCCUUUCCUGAUGAUUUCCACUCGUUUCCUGGUGUCGAAUUACAUUCGCACAGGGAAUUUGGACAACAUGGCCCAAAAGGUUGUUGCUCGACCGUUCCGUUUAUUGACACCGGUUGCUUCGAUCGCUUUCCUCAUCUACUUUCUCAUGGAUUCAGGUGCUAUCGACUGGCUUGAAUACCUGCCAUCAGUGACCUGGUCUACCUGGCCUUUCACCACCGUUGCUCCAAACCCUGGUGUAUAUAUCUCGGAAAUCUUGCAACUCGCCUUUCUCAUUCCCAACGCGGCUCCGAUGAUCACUAACAACUACUGUACGGGUUCCCUGUGGACUAUUCCCAUUCAGCUGCAGGGUGCAUGGCAAACCUUGAUCGCUCUGAUAAUGAUCCGCGAGUGCAAGACCCCAUGGAAGCGGUUUUCGUUUUAUUUCUUCUGCAUUGCUAUGCAUUGGUAUGCACUUUCAUGGGGAAGCUACUACUAUGCCGGUGUCUUGCUUGCCGAUAUUGACUUGACCUUCAAGUACAAAAAGUGGUUACAAAACACGUGGUACAUCUAUUACCCUUGUCUCUUCCUUUUAUCUGUGGUUGCCAUUGGUGGGUUUACAAUGGACCUUGCCUCGAUUUACUCGGGCGUGCAAUAUGCUUCGGUUGAGUACGGAUGGCAUCCUGAUACAGGCACUGGCCGCACCAUCACCGAUGCCCAAGGCACGACCUACCCGGAUUAUUUCAUCCCACGAUUGAAUGCUCUUCUCGCAACUGUGUGUAUGCAAGGUGUCGUCGAAAUCUGCCCCUCGGUGCAAAAGGUCCUCUCGGCAAAGAUUUUCCAAUGGCUUUUCCCCCAUAUUUUUAGUAUCUAUCUGAUCCACGGUUUCGUUUUCUGGUCGGCUGGCUCAUGGGCCAUGGUGUCGUUGUUUUCUUACGGCCUGCCAUACUGGCUGUGCAGUUUGUUGACAGCCAUUGUUUCUUAUGGAGUCCUAUUUGCAAGCCUUCCACUUUUGACACCCCCCAUUGAGGCUCUGGGUAAGAGCUUUACCUUGCGUCUGUGGGACUUUGCAAGCCAAGAACCUUCCCCAAAGAGACCGACAACUUAUCCCUUUGGCGAAGAAUUUCUUCUAUCGCGUGGACAACAGCCCGAUUCACUAAACAUGCCGCCGAGCCCGGACACAAUUCCCUCGACUCCAUCGGGUGCUACGACGCCAGUAUUUGUCAAUGAGAAGGGUAAAGAAGUGCAAACAAGCUCCAGAGAGCUGAAAUAG